GGCGCAGGCGCGGGGCCGAGCGGAGGGGACGCGCCCGCCAUGGAGUCGCGGGGGAAGGAGCCGCAGCCGCCGAACAGGAUGGGCAUGGGGGACUCCAACCCGGCAGCAGUCCCACACGCCGCCGAGGACAUUCAGGGGGAUGACAGGUGGAUGUCACAGCACAAUCGGUUUGUCCUGGACUGCAAGGACAAGGAGCCCGACGUGCUCUUCGUGGGGGACUCCAUGGUGCAGUUGCUACAGCAGUACGAGAUCUGGCGAGAGCUCUUCUCACCGCUCCAUGCGCUGAACUUUGGGAUUGGAGGAGACACCACGGGCCAUGUUCUAUGGAGACUGAAGAACGGUGAACUGGAGAACAUUAAACCCAAGGUCAUUGUUGUUUGGGUUGGAACAAAUAACCACGAAAACACAGCAGAAGAAGUGGCAGGGGGAAUCGAGGCCAUCGUGCGCCUGAUAAACGCCCAGCAGCCACAGGCCAAAGUGAUUGUGCUGGGCCUGCUACCUCGUGGAGAGAAGCCAAACCCGCUGCGGCAGAAGAACGCCAAGGUGAACCAUCUGCUGAAAGCCUCUCUGCCCAAACUGCCCAACGUGCAGCUGCUGGACGUGGACGUGGGCUUCGUGCACUCGGAUGGCACCAUCUCCUACCACGACAUGUUCGACUUCCUGCACCUGACGGGCGGGGGCUACGCCAAGGUCUGCAAGCCCCUCCACGAACUGAUCAUGCAGCUGCUGGAGGAGACCCCCGAGGAGAAACGAGCUGCCCUGGCCUGAGUCGCUGCUGUCAGCGUGGAGAGCAUCAUCCAGCCCAUCAGAUCAGUUCUGUCACUGGCACUACAGAAUCCUUCUUUCUUAAAGCACUUUCCAUUGUAGAAUGUUACCGGAUGUCCGUACCUAGUGUUUUGAGGGGGAAGGCUCGUGUUUAACUGGUCUUGUACAUAUGAGGGCCGGCUGGGUUGGUUUUAUUGCAGGAGGAAAUUAGCUGAAGAAGAGAUUUACUUUUAAACCAUUCCUCAUUUGAAACGAGAACAGGACUGUCUGUGCCCCUCUGUGCACAGAGUCUGUGCCCCUCUCAUGUCUUGUUGCCCCGUGGUUGUCCUAGACCCCCUGUAGCCUGUCCGACAGCCCGCUCACCGUUCCUGGCUGCAGCUCUGUGCUCUGUGUAUUUGCCUGGGAACAAGAAUUACAUUCCACUUGCAAAAGCCAGAACAGAUGCAUUUUUCCAAACUCGGUUCCACCUUUUAGGCGUUUUGGGGUUUUUUUGUUUGGGGUUUUUUUUUGUUUGUUUGUUUGUUGUUUGUUUGUUUUACUAGGGGGGGUUAAAUCACACGUGUUGCUUUCUCACUCCUUUCUGAAGCAGCUUGAAACUGGAAUUCAGAAAUUCAAAGAAGCAAACAGUUACCUGAACUCGUGUAACACUCCCCAGUGCUUGUCUUGUGCUCGUUUCCCCAGUCCUGCUAGCGGGGGCACCUUCCCUUCCUCCCACGCAGCCCUCCUGGGAAUGCUCCCACUUGGGUGCUGCUGCUGGCCCCUGCUCCUGCUGCCUGUGAUGUUGCUGGCUUUUAGCAGUUGCUCAGUGUAGGAUUUUAAUGAUCCAGUAAUUGGCAGUCACUUCCUCACUCCUCUGGAACUGACAGACAUCCCUCUGAGGUGCCCAGGCUCUUUGCAGUUUUUUUCUAUUUUUUUAUUAAGUAUGACUGUUACAUCCUUUUUUUUCUACAGCAAACCCACAUGAAGAGCCCCUGGCUGCAAGGCCUAAAUCACUCUGAAGCUUUACAGAUCCCAAGGUGUAUAUUUCCUUAUCACUACUGGUUUACUUGUAUAAACAUUUUAUUUGAGCAA